UCGUUUGUUGGACCUCGACACUCGAGGCUCUUUCCCUGACACCUUAGCAAACCAGAUAGUUUUGAGGAUGGUAGAUUGCCAAAAGAGGCAUGAGUUAUGGUUUUUGAUUAAUGGCAAACCUAUGAGGUUUUCUCUCCAAGAGUUUGCAAUAGUAUCUGGAUUGUACACUAGUGGCGGACCAACACCUGAAGAAAUGAAUGUUGUUUCUUCUGAGAACAAUUUAAAGAAAAAGUACUUCAAUGACAAGAUGUCUAUUAAAAUAGAGGACAUAGCUAAUGCUCUAGAUAGCAUAUCAAAAGAAUGUAGGACUAAGGACAGAGUGAAGUUGUGCUUUAUCUAUUUGCUCAGCGCAUUUCUAAUAAUGCCAAGUCCUGGUUCGAUAGUAGAUCUUAAAUGGCUACAGAUAGUGGACAGGCUAGAUAUAUUUGACAAAUAUUGUUGGGGGAAGCUGGCAUAUGAGAAACUAAUAGAGCAAAUCACGAAAAAAGAUAUGAAGAAUAAUCCCACUGAGAAGGAGAUUAAGUGGAACUUCUUUAGUUGUCCUUGGAUAUUUAUGGUAAAUUUUUUUAUUAUGAUUAUAUUUUUAUUAAGUUUAUUUAUUUUUGGAUAUUUUUUAUUACAUUUUGUGAUAUGAUUUGAAUUAUUGUUUUGUCUCUUAUAGAUAUGGAUUUGUGAAGCAAUGCCAAAGUUGGGCGACAUGGUAGGACAAAGAAUCCCAGGAAACCAUAUUCCUCGAUGGCUUGGUUGGAAAAUAAAUGAUAAGCAUAAACUCACAGUUACAAGAAUAUCAGAAGUAAUAGAAAAUGAUGUUGAGUUUUUUGUGCGACCUACAUUAGCUCCAACUUCAAAGGAGAAGGAAGAACUUUUUUAUGAAAGGCUUGGUUGCUACGAGGACAAUGAAGAUGACGUAAUUGAUCAGAUUUCUUCAUUUUUAGUGGGUGAUGUCAUUCUACGUGAUCCACAGUGUUCUGCGCCACAUGUGGAGCCUCCAUCUUCGGGUUUGGAGCCUCCAUCUUCGGGUGUGGAGCCUCCAUCUUCGGGUUUGGAGCCUCCAUCUUCGGAUGUGGAGCCUCCAUCUUCGAAUAUGGAGCCUUUCCAAAUCAGUCCAAUUCGUCAAAUAUCAUACAUGCAUCCAUCUUCACAGCCUCCCUCUUCUUAUGAUGCUCGUAGUGAGUUAUUGGAAUCAGUGAAGCGUUUGAUAGCCGACCAAGAAAAGUUGCACAAUGCAAGAUAUGAGGAGAUUGAACGUGUAAAUAAAGAAAGGCACGACGCAAUAAUGGCAACCAUCGCCGACCAUGCUUACUUGAAUAGAGUGAGGCAUGAGACACUAUUAGAAAGAUUUGAUGUUUUGAUUGACAUCUUUCGACCUAUAGCUGCACAACUUUCUGGAGCUGGAGGAGAAAAGACUACAAAAGAUAACCAACAAGUAAAUUUUAUUUGCAAUAACUUUAAUAUAGCUAUUUUUAUUGUCAUCUAUAUUUUUAUUUAUAAUAAUAUGCCUUGUAACUUCAUGGUUGUAGGAUUCACCAUCUUAUGCACACUUUUUUGGAGAUGGAUUUGUAACACAUAUAGGAGAAAGGAACAUGGAGGGUGGCCAAGCCUCCACGCCUGUAGGAGAGAAGAUUGUUGA